GUAGGUGAAGGAUAUGAACGAACCAGAAAAGCCUCAAGAGGAGAAGCUGCUCAACGCUUAUUAGUUCAACUUGAGACAAGAGGAAUUUCUUACUCUCGUUCUGGCUCCAAGAAGAGAAAACAAAAUCCCAGUUGCGUUGAGGCUGCUAUGGUUCUCUCAUCAUCUAUCAACUGUUCUACAGAUGCCUGUGAUCCCAACUCCGAGACCCCUGUUAUUGGACCAAUCAACUUGAAGAAAGGAGGACCACGGAGUACUUUGUUUGAACUAUGCAAGAAACUGCAGUGGCCAAUGCCAACUUUCAAUACAGUAGAAAAUAAAUCAAGAGUCCUAAUAGACAUUGGCGAAGGCUCGGAGAGAAGAAAAGGAUUUAACAGUUACUUGUCAAAUAUUAUUCUGCAAAUACCCAAUGCUGGCUGUAUUGAAUGUAAAGGUGAUGCCAGAGCCGAUAAGAAGAGCUCGCUUGACUCAGCAUCUCUCGUCAUGCUUGAGGAACUCCGACGACGAGGAAGAGUCGUUAUUAAUGACUCAUGAGCCUUGUCAUUAAUAUAUGUAUAGUCUUAUAUGUCACAGGUUUAGGUUUAUCUUUAGGGCGGAUAGUCUCAUUAGUCCAAAGAUUUAAACUUUAGGGUUGAUAGUCUCACCAGUAAAGAGAUUUAAACUUUUGACCUUUUCAUGGAAUGUAUUAGUUAAUUGAUAUAUGCUUAGGGGUUGACGAGAAUAGUAUUGAUAUAAGAGCAUCAAAUUACCGAGGUUA